UCUUUAAGAACCCCCUUCAAAACCCCUUCUGCGGCUUCCUGUUGCUCUCCUCGCCGCCUCCCCAUCUUUGUCUCCAUCGCCAGGGUUGGCGGCGCGUCCACAGCAAGCAAGGGGCGGAGAAGGUUGGUGCUGCUGCGAUGUUGGUGUUGUUUGAAACCCCUGCGGGUUUUGCCCUGUUCAAGGUUUUGGAUGAAGGGAAGCUGGACAAAGUCGAGGAUUUAUGGAAGGAGUUUACAAGUGUGGAGUCUGCUAGAAAGAUUGUGAAGCUGCAAGCUUUCAAUAAAUUUGAGAACACUUCAGAUGCAUUAUCUGCUACAACGUUAUUGAUUGAUAGCAAGCCCAGCAAAGGCCUGAGGAAGUUUUUACGUGCUCACUGUGAUGGUGAAACAUUGGCCGUGGCUGAUUCAAAACUUGGCAAUGCAAUAAAGGAUAAGCUGAAAAUUGAUUGUCUCCACAACAAUGCCGUGAUGGAGCUGAUGAGGGGGCUUAGGAAUCAGUUGACAGAACUCAUAGCUGGGUUAGCUGUACAAGAUUUAGCUCCAAUGAGUUUAGGAUUGUCCCACAGUUUAUCCAGAUACAAGCUAAAGUUCAGCCCUGAUAAGGUUGAUACAAUGAUCAUUCAAGCCAUCGGAUUAUUGGAUGAUUUAGACAAAGAGCUCAAUACCUAUGCCAUGAGAGUCCGUGAAUGGUAUGGAUGGCAUUUUCCAGAGCUUGCUAAAAUUGUGCAAGACAAUAUUCAGUACGCAAAAGUAGUUAAGCUGAUGGGCGACCGUACAAAUGCUGUUUCCCUUGAUUUUUCUGAGAUACUGUCUGAAGAGACUGAGGCAGAGCUGAAAGAAGCAGCAGUGAUAUCGAUGGGAACUGAAGUUAGUGAUCUAGACUUGUUAAACAUUAAGGAACUCUGUGAUCAGGUUCUAGCUCUUUCAGAGUAUAGAGCUCAACUUUAUGAUUACCUGAAAAGUAGAAUGAACACAAUUGCACCUAAUUUGACUGCUCUUGUUGGGGAGCUUGUUGGAGCACGUCUUAUUGCUCAUGGCGGUAGUUUACUGAAUCUAGCAAAGCAACCUGGGAGCACAGUUCAGAUUCUUGGUGCUGAAAAGGCUUUGUUUAGAGCUUUAAAGACCAAACAUGCUACACCAAAGUAUGGACUUAUUUUCCAUGCAUCAUUAGUUGGUCAGGCAGCUCCAAAAAUCAAAGGGAAAAUAUCUCGUUCUCUUGCUGCCAAGACUGCUUUGGCUAUUAGGUAUGAUGCUCUUGGUGAUGGUCAAGACAACAGUAUGGGACUGGAAAAUCGAGUUAAGCUUGAAGCCCGUCUCCGAGUACUGGAGGGCAGAGAGUUGGGGCAUUCUGCUGGUUCAACCAAAGGAAAGCCUAAGAUCGAAUUUUAUGAUAAAGAUCGAAAGAAGGGUGCAGGGGCCCUGAUUACUCCAGCAAAGACGUAUAAUACAUCAGCUGAUCUUGUGCUUGGACAAGCAACUGAUCCAACUACGAAGAAACCUGCUAAUGAACAGGAAGGAGCACUUCUAAAGAAGAGGAAGCAUGAGGAAAUAGAACCAACGUCCACUGAGAAGUUAUCAAAUGAGACUCCUGCAGACCAGGCCAAGGACGAGGGUGAGAAGAGAAAGAAGAAGAAAAAAAAGAUGGUUGAGGCAGAUGACAUUAGCUUGCAAAUUGCUUCUGAAGAGCAGGGUACAAAGAAGAAGAAAAAGAAGGAUGCAAAGCAGGAAGAUGAGUUGCUGACACCCCAUCCAGUGCCUAAAGAGGAACCCAGUAAAAAGGAAAAGAAGCGAAAGCAAGUUAAGGAUGAGCAGGCACCGGACGAUACGGCACAUAAGAAAAAAGAAAAGAAGAAAAAAGACAAAGGGGCUCACUAAACCUUUUUGUGUUUUGUUUGAAGCAGGGAUGUCAAAAUUCCAUUGUUCUAGGACUAGGCUUAGUGAAACUAUGUAAAUCGUUCCUUCUCUUGUAUCUGCUAUGUUGUCUCAUCUAUUUGCAUUGGUUUUUGCGUUGCCAUCUCCAAACUAGAACUUUUGUUUUCCAAAUGGGAACUUUUGAUUGGAGUAUUUUAUGUUAUUCCAUUAAAAUCUA